AUGGCCAACCAACAAUUCGAUAACCAUUUUGGUAACAUGAACGGAAACGACGCUGUUGAUCCAUCGGAUCUCACCAUGCAGAACGGAAUGUUCAUGCCCUACUCCUUUGGAUCCCAGCAGAACAUGUCCGCCAGCUUCAACAUGGGAAAUUCCGGUAUUGACACUGACGAGCUGCUGGACCUCGAUCUGAACGGGCAGAAUGGAUUGCCUCGUGCAGAUGGCAUGAACUUCAUGCAUGACCAGCGACAAAACCAGGGUCUUUCUAUGAGUCACCAGAGCCAGAUGACCCAAAUGUACUCCCAAACCCCCGAUGGAGCCCCCAUGCACAGCCCGUUCCUGCAAAACGGUUUCAACUAUGACCAAUUCCAGCUGCCUAAUCAGCAGGGUACCCCGUCCCAUUUGAGCGCUCCCAACCACUUUGACCACAGCUUUCUCAAUGGCAAGACGCGGCCCAGCCUGCAAACCAUGGAUCGUUCAAACUCUGACAGGACCCCGAUGACUCCCAAGACGCCAGCCAUUGGAGCCUUGAACCUGAAUACGCCAGAGUCUGGAAGCUUUCCAUCGCAGCCUAUUCGCGCUGCCAACCUCCAACACAGGCAUCAGAAAACCCUCUCUAACCAGUGGGAUGGUACUCCAGGAAGUGCACAGUCAUUUAUUGAUUCACCAAUUGCUUCGCCAAAUCUUCACUCCCACCAUGCGGGCAUUUCGGAAAUACUCAAAUCCGGAAAACAUGCAUCUCUCCCUGCCAAGGUGGACAACCCUAGUGCCCAGGCACUCGAAUCACAAGAGGCAAAGCGACGUAGGCGCCGAGCUUCUCAUAACAUGGUGGAGCGACGACGUCGUGACAAUAUCAAUGAAAGAAUCCAGGAUCUUUCCCAUCUCGUUCCUCAGCAUCGCCUAGAAGAUGAUAAAGUCCGUAAACAACUCUUGAACAACUCCACCUUGUCUCCACCAGGUAGCAGCAUGAGCCCUCCCAAUGCCACUUCUUUGCUAGCUGGUGGUAACGGUCGCCGAGCAACUGCAGGAAAUAUCACCAUGGGGCUUCCUAUCGAAGAGAAAGAAAAGGGUCCCAACAAGGGCGACAUCCUGAACGGGGCCGUUGGCUGGAUGAGGGAUCUCAUGUGGGCUCUUCAUGUCAAGAUGCAACAAGAGGCCGAACUGGCUGAAGUCAUCUCAAGUCUUGGUGGAACAUGGCCCUUUGAACAGACCGAGGAUGAGAAACGGAUGCGGACUGAGCUUCUCGAUGCGAUGGAGAAGAAUGACCCGAACACUUUUACCUACAGCCGUGCGCCUGGAAGUGGACUCCGCGUGCCGAAACACACAAACAUUGCUGGAGAAGCCGUACAAAAUGGCGCAGGCUACAGUCCCCAGAGCCUGAGCCCUGCAUUCAACAGCGGUGGCAGCGGAACCAACAGCGGCGGUGCAGGUCAGCCAGCAUUCUGGAACAACUCUAACAACAUCUUCAAGGAAGAAGAAGAAUACACGAUGGACAUGUAGAGCUUUUUACUGUCUUUUCAUAUACGACCGAAUCAGUUGCAUAUGUGGCGGCGUCAGUGAGGAAUGGAUAUCGGUGUAGAUUGGUCUAGCUUUUUUAUAUUUCUGUGAUUGAUUAUAUUCUUGUGAUUGCAUACGGCUGGUUGGUUUGUCUCUUUGGUUUUGAUCUUCUUCGCAUUCUGAAACACUGAUCUUUUAAUAUGGGCAUUGUUACGCAUCAUGAGUUUGUCGAGAAACUCAUUGCAAUCAGCGUCUACUCAUCUUGUUCGACAGGAAGACUGUCAACCCCCUUUUUUCUUUUUUCUUUUUUUUUUUUUUUCUCAUUUUCGUUUACUUCAUAUCGAUACCCCACAGGUCCAUUGUCUCCUCAUUUUAUUCCCAAUAUGUCAUGAGUUGCUAUUGUUAUUUUGUUUGUCUUUAUCAUUCUUAUUCUUUUAUUAUAAGUUUGAGUGAUUGAUUGCUAGGAAAUGGGUAUUCAUGUUGAUUUGUUUGUGUCAUCUUUCAGAUCGAUUAUCGCUUUAAUGUUUGGAAUACGAA